AUGGCAGACUCAGCUAUUUUAGUAUGCAUCAUGGGUCUCAUAUUAUUGCCUAUUAUGGCUUCAAGUUCAAACAAAGCUGAUGAACAAUGUACGACCAAAUUUACUGAGACAACCACAAUAUUAAAAAUUUGGGUCGAUCGUCUCUGUGCAGCCAAUGCCACCUGGAAUAGUCAAGGUGUUACAGUUGCUGGAUCAUCUGUAGGGGAGAAUUCUCUUUCAUCAUCACAUAUUAACAGUCCUAACGAUCUACUGAUCAAUAUUAGCGGUAACUUAUUUAUAGCUGACUUUGGUAAUAAUCGUGUUGUUUAUUGGCCAGUCAAUGGGACAGAAGGGCGUAUGAUUGCUGGUAAAGCCAUAAUAGUUUCUUGGAGCAAUUUACUGAGACAGCCAGCUGCUCUUGCAAUUUGGAAAAAUCAAUUGUAUGUCUCUGAUCUUAGCAACUACCGUAUACUUGCUUUUCCACUAAGUACAAAUGAAGGUUCACCAGAUGGUAUUGCAAUUGUAUGCCAUUAUAGUGCUGGUGCAAGUCUAAAUCAGAUCGAUUCUGUAUAUUAUAUGUCAAUAGAUAAAACUCGUCAAUUAUUUUAUCUAUCUGGUUUUCGAAAUAAUCGUAUAUUAAAAUUAAACAUUACAGAUAAUACAGUAAACACAGUUAUUGGUAUUGAAGGAUCUGAUUCAGAACAUGGUAGCAUUAAUUUGCCCCUAGGAAUUACUGUUGACGAGAAAAAUGGCUCGCUCUAUGUAGUAGAUUCUCUAAAUAAUGGAGUACUAAAAUUUGAUUUUAAUUCAAUACAAGAAAUCAUAGUAACCGGUGAUACCGGCUCUGGAAGUAAUUUCUCUCAACUUGAUUCACCUUCAGGAGUUGCAGUCGAUAUAAGUAGCAAUGUAUACAUUGCAGAUAGUGGAAAUCAUCGAACUGUUUAG